AUGAAGCAAUCCAAGCCUACUCCGACUACCUGCGAAGCCUACUUCGCCCUGAAGUUCAGCCGACCGAAAACCCUCUUCAACCUACCCAGGAAUGUCCACCAGAAAAUCAUGAAGCGUCUCGGCCGCGUCUGCUCUACCACGCUCGGUCUUCCCUGCAAGAAGCUCCACGUCCGGCACAGGCAAAUCCACGGCACUGUUGACCUUGACGAGAUCUACGGCGCUAUCUUCGCUUUUGAGGAUGUCGAGUUUGGCGGUCAGGAGGCAUCAUUCUUUACGCUUGGAGAGAUGUUGGAUAUGUGGGCGAGACGGGACUUGAAGUAUGAGCUUCCUUCUGGCGCGGACUGGCCAACAAAAUUCGUUCCGAAGGCCCGGUUCUCUUAUAAGCACUAUGUGUUUUCUCGUUAUCAGGGUCUCCUCUUCACGGGUAAGGUAGUUCUGUCGAUUCCAGCUGGGUGGAAGCCUUACCCAAGAUGGACAAUUGCGACCUAG